CGGAGGUCAGGCCGAAUCUUCCUCGGUAAUCAGAAGCUCCGCGUCCCGCGGUCCUGGCUCCGUGGGUCCGCUCGGAUCGGGCCUGGGCGCUGGAGCUGCUCUGGCUCCCGCCGCGGCGGGUGCGAUGGAGGCCGUGCCGGAGCCCAGCACUCCCGCCGGGGAGACCGAGACAGCCCGUGGUGCUAGUAGAUGAGGCGGCGGCGGCAAGCACGGGCUCUCCAUGAGCAAGCGGCGGCGGCGGCGGGUGCGGCGGCACCGGCGGUUUUCGGUCCCCGGGGAGGAUGAAGACACUGUUUGAAGAGAUCAAAGCAUCAAUUAAAAAUAAUUAUAACCAAGAUCGCUCAUUUUGGAGACCUGUUCUUCCUUGGGGAGGUGUUUUCACUAUCAAAGCUGGCCGCAAAGCAGUAUCCUGUACACCACUUUAUGUUGAAAUCAGACUGAAAAAUACCUGCACUAUAGAUGGAUUCUUGAUGUUAUUAUAUGUCAUUCUUAAUGAAAAUGAAAAUUUUCCCAGGGAACUCUCUCUUCAUUUAGGCAGAGAGUUUGUAGACUGUUUUCUUUAUUUAAUGGACACCUACAGUUUUACAACUGUGAAGCUGCUUUGGAUUUGGGACAAGAUGGAAAAACAGCAGUACAAAUCAGAAGUACAUAAAGCUUCAUUAAUCAUUGAUUUAUUUGGGAAUGAGCAUGAUAAUUUUACAAAAAAUCUUGAAAAUCUCAUGUGUACCAUCCAAGAGAGUUACUGUUCCAACUGGCGAUGCCCAACUCGUGUGCAGGAAGAUCAGCAGCGCACAAUUAAUAUAAAUCCUCCUCAAGAAAUUCCACAUGGAAACUUGAUACGACUGGCUAUGGAUGAGUUAUUCUGUUCUAGGAUUGAGCUGUGUGAAGAGCAUGGGUGUGGUGGUUUAAGAGAAUUUUCCCAGCGAGUUUUCUGCCAUGGAGCACCACCUUUUGUUGUCUUAAAUAUGCAGCAUUGGAAAUCUGAAGAUUUGGCAUAUGUACCUUAUCACUUGGAUUUAUCUGAUCACAAGUAUUUGUUGGAAGGUGCCACAUUAUUUAACAAAGAGGAACAUCAUUAUUCUGCAGCUUUCCAGAUUGAUGGACAUUGGAUGCACUAUGAUGGCCUCAGAAAUGUGAAUUUAAUUUUGUUAAAUAAACCCCCAGAGUUUCUCCUUUUGUCAUCAUUGGUUUAUAUUCGAGCAACAGAGAAAUAAAUAUAGACUGAUGCUAAAUUAAAUUGUUUUCCCUCCUACCCAUUUCCCCCAGAUGAAGGGCUUUAUUUGAUAUAAACUUGGUAUCCAAGGAAACCAUUCAACUAUACUAGUUUCAGAUGUGUAUUUCCCAGUGUUUAACCCCAGGUAAAUAUUUCACAUAGAAAAUCUAUGCAAAAAUAUUUGUAUUUAAUUUUUCUAUAUCCUGGGUUAUUUUUAUAUAAGCCUAUUUUAUGUUGAAAUAAAAUAUAUCUUGUAACCUUCGUAAUUUUUAUUUAUAUGUACUUCAGAGGAUUUUUACAGUUCUGUCUUUGAAUCUAAGAAAAUAGUUUGACACUAGAAUUCUAAAUUUUUCUUUUCAGAUAUCCAAAUAAAAUCUAAGUAUGUC